AUGGCUCUCGGCGGCGUCAUCCUCCGUUUCGGCCAAACGGGUCUACGUAUCCUCGAAUUCUGCUGUGCCGCCAUUGUCCUCGGUAUCUACAGCUACUUCCUGGCCGUUCUGGCUGAUCGCAAUACACAUAUUCCAGCAUGGGAAAAGGCUGUGGAGGGCAUGUCUGGUGCCGCCUGCCUGUAUACCAUCUUCGGCAUCCUCCUGACUCUCUGCAUCGGCGGUCUGGCGGUCUUCUCCAUCCUCGCCAUCGUCCUUGAUCUCUGUUUCGUCGGAUGCUUCGCCGCCAUCGCAUAUUACACUCGUCACGGCGCCAAUUCGUGCCGUGGGGUGGUCAACACUCCAUUGGGAGUCGGUCUCGACGGCCAAGCCGCCCCGGGCGCUGGUGACUGGGGCUACGUUUGCACCUUGAACACCGCCUGCUUCGCCGUUUCCAUCUGCAACAUCUUCCUCUUCCUCGUCACCGCCGUGGUUCAAGUCCUCCUUGCUCGUCACCACAGAAAGGAGAAGCGUUUCGGUCCCGGCCCUACCAACAACUACACUUCGGGCACUGCCCGUCAACCCUUCUGGCGUCGGUCACGGAAGACUGGCUACACUCGCGACGCUGAAAUGGCCACAGGCGCCGGCAUUGGUGGUAAUACUCCGGCCCAUAACGCCACCACGGUCCGUCCGAGCCAUGAAACUGGCAUGACCGGUUCCACUGUCAACGCCGGCCAUAAUCCUAUGACCACCGAGCCGAAGUACGGCCAGCCUGGCUAUGGUAUGCAGGGAUACUCUGCCCCUUCAGCAAACUAUUAG